UGUUUUGAGCUUAUCACUAAAAUUGUUCAGUCAAAGGGGAUAAGCAUUUACAUAGAAAAUCUGUAUGUCACCCGGACUUGGCUUGCACCCUAUGGCUGUGAUCCAUUGCAGUCCUUUCCUACUGAUGCUCAGAGGAUGGAUAUCAUUGUUCUCCCUCUCUGGACACCUGGUCAUUUCCAGUUGUGUGAAUCUUGCAGUGAAGAUCAUUCCCGGGCAGUGGUCAGAAAAAAAGAGCUUUGACUUGAAGGGUUUUCCAAGCCAAGACUAUGGAGAUGACUGUGGGAUCUUCAUGCUGAUGUCUGCUCUGUACGUGGCACUGGAUGCACCAUUUGACUAUACUAUAUCAGACAUGCCCUACUUGCGUAAAUGGUGGUGCUUGCUGUUGAUGGAGAACUUUGAUCUCAGGAGCUCUGGCAAGCUAUUUGCACACUGGAGAGAGGAAGCCAAAGCUGUGCUUGAAGGACAACACGUGCCCAUUUUCAGACUGAAAAAGCGCAAGUUCCAGGAAGUCAGUCAGGAGCCAGCAGUUGUUGAAGAUCUGCGUCCUGCUGUGCAGUGGGUUGUCCAAAAUAAGGCACUUUUCCGUGGACACGUAACAAUGCCAAAAUAUCUGUCCUUAAAUCAAGGGGACCAGCAGAGGGUCUUAAGAGACAUGUCAGAGGAAGAAGACACUGGAGCAAGGCACUUGUUCCUCUUUGUUUUUCAGUUUGCAGAAGACAUGGAGCUCUUUUUGAAAGCAUGUGCUGAUGAGCAGGGACUAAGGGUCAGUGCUAUGUUUGACAUGUAAUGGACAAAUAAAGGCACUGGCUGUUUGUUAUAUUUGUUUCUUUGUUUAAUAUGUCAUUGUUGUUGUUUUUGUUUUGUUUUUGCAUAGUACAAAAUUCCAAUUAAACUUAUUUCAAAAUGUUGUUCACUUGA